GCAGCCUUUCAGCAACACGUAGCCGUUACCCUCCUUCACGGCCAGAUAAACAGUGCUUUGCAUUCUCUUGCCCAUCAUAAACAGUAUCACGUUAAGCUUGUCAUUAUCAGGACAUCUAUCCUUGACCUAUUUUAGCUCCCUGUUGUGGCCCACGAUGACCUCUUUGACGCACAACGACUACACAAUCGCGUGGAUAUGCGCCUUGCCACUGGAGGUAGCAGCUGCCCGCGUUAUGCUUCAUGAAACCCUCAGUCCGCUGCCGAAACCCUCCACCGACCCGAAUGCCUACGAGCUUGGCGAAUCAAACGGCCACUAUAUUCAUGGCGAACCUGGCAUCAACCUUUUUAUGGCCAACCUGGUAUCAACCUUUUGGAAUCAGGGUCGAUGGACUGAAGCUGAGAAGCUAGGUGUCCAAGUAAUGGAGAAAAUGAAGAUGGUGUUAGGAGACGAGCAUCCUGACACUCUAGCCAUCAUGGCGAACCUUGCAUAUACUUUGAAAUCUCAAGGAAUACUACAGCAUGCCUUGACUCUAAUGAAAAAAUGCUCUAACUUGCGCAACACAGUAUUAGGGCCUGGUCACCCGGAUUCCAUGUCAUCCUCUCGAGCUCUCAGUGACUGGAUGGAUGAGUAUAAUACAUUACUAGACCAAACACCGCUCACUGGGAAAAAUUCGGCCCAUGAAGAGCAUGUCAAUCUACCUUAUGCUCGAAGACGAUCAGCUGCUACAUUAUUCCUUGGAAAUCAUCCUCUCAUCAUAGCUGCCAGAACACCCUCGCCCUUGCCGGACUGCCAAGACUUACAAGAUGUGGAUUAA